GGAGACGAAGGAGAAGGAGGAGAGAGAGGUGUGGGACCUUCUGUGUGUCAAGUGGAAUUCAAGUCCAGGGUACUGAGUAGGCAGAGUGGUGGGGCACUGCUUCCUUGACGGAACUGAUCAGACUCAGCAGAAACCAAGCAAGACAUGCACGACUAAGAUGGAGUGAGGCACAGUCAGUGAGACAGCUCUAAAUUUAAACAUAAAAAAGGGCAUCAAAAAAGGGUCAGAAGCUUCACACUGGUUAGCUACCGGCACAGCUUCUCAAAGAUCGAUUUCAGGAAGAGAAUGAGAUUGUACACUACAAAGUAAGUCAGGACAGAUUUCCACUGAUUCUGAGAACAAUCCUGCUCUUUUAAUACCACAGAACUGAUUUGAGCUACAACAGAAUUUCAAAGUACAUACCAAGUCAAACUUGGAAACAAUGGAGCAUCUUCCACAGACAAAAGGAAAGGGAGUCUUUAUGUUUGCCAAGAGGCGUCAAAGGAUGGAUGAGCUUUCUGCAGAACAAGAGGAAAUGAGACGAAAAGGCACACCAGUGGAUGCAUUUGAUGAACCAGAAGGCAAAACUGUUAAACCUCCUCAGCAGGAAAGAAGUAUACAAGCCCCACAAGAUAUCUAUAUAAGGCAACAACAACAGUAUCAAGACCAGUCAUUUCAGCAACAGAUGUUACCACAAUCAGAAAACGGUAUGAAUGGUCUGGAUCCAUAUCAAGGUUUGGCUGUUUCCAGAUCCCUUGUCUCCAACAGAACUGCUAAGCCCUUUCUGGGUGGUCUUAAUCAAGGACAAAAAACUUUUUCACCAGUCAGCGGUGUCUCAAGCCCAACAUCUAGGAAACCCGAAAACAUAUUCAAGGUUCCUGUUCCAGUAAACACAACCCCACAGGUUUGGUCCCCCACAUCAGACAUCAUUGCUUCACGUGAUGAACGUAUUGCUAUACCUGCAAUUAAAACAGGGAUCCUGCCAGAAUCUAAAAGGAGAGGAGCAAACAAGACAGACUCAAAAGAGAAGCCUCUGCUUCAGAAGUCCUUAACAGAGUCAGUUCCAGAAGAAGACUUCUUCAGUCUGGGUGCAGAAGCAUGCAAUUUCAUGCAAGCUCCAACAAUCAAACAGAAAAACCCUCCACCUGUCCUACCCAAACCUGCCAUCAACCCAGCUCACCCUCCUUGGUCUGCAGAGGGUCGUGCCGUGUCUCAGAGUCCCCUUGCAGCAUCAAGCUCAGUUCCAGCUAUGGGGCACACCCAGGUGCAGGCAGUACCCCAACAAAACCCACCAAAGCAGCCUGCUGGAAAAGCCUGGCCCCCAUUGUCAUCUCAACCUAUACCACAGAAGGCAUCACCUGCUUGGGUUCCAUCCCACACGCCAGAUCUGCAUCAACCAGCCUGGACUCCAGAACCACAUCAGGCAAAACAUACACCAGAUUCACUCCGUGCUGGUCCUUCCCAGUCUAAAACAUCAUGGAUUAGAUCAAGUGAUGGUAACUCUGUUGCUUCCUGCCCACCCCAACACCUGAGCACAUACUUUCAGGGAUCUAAGGCUCCAUCAUCAUCUCCUAAAGGAUACUCAUCAGAUGCAGGUGCUUCUGAGGGACUGAACCUUAAAGGAAAAGGAGCUGAACUGUUUGCCCGAAGACAGUCCCGUAUGGAAAAAUUUGUGGUGGACAAUGAGACUGUGAGAGCCAACAAAGCCACAUCCUCAUCGCCAACACUUUCAAUGCCAAGCACCUGGAAAUACUCUUCUAAUGUCCGUGCCCCACCUCCAGUCUCCUACAAUCCUAUUUUGUCCCCUUUUUAUCCCCUUGCAGCAGUUAAACAACCUCCUCCUGCAACUAGUCCAAAGAUAAAGUCUAAAGCAAACAAGGAGAAGAAGAAUCCACCACCCAAACAUCUCAAUGUUCUGGAUGUUAUGAAACAUCAGCCAUAUCAGUUGAAUUCCUCGCUUUUCACCUACAACUCCACUCCAGAGGCCAAGGAAGCAGUUCCCCCUACAGAGUCUAAGCAAACUUCUGCUCAAACACCUACCAGUUUCCAGUCCAUUGCUUAUGAGCCCUCUACAGCAUUCUCCCCCUCCCCAAAUAGUUUGCAGUCAGUUAAGCAAAAUCCAUCUAAAGCCACUGGAGAGAGAUUCAGCAGGAGCCGUUCCUUGUCUUUCCCCCAGAGACUGUCCUCUGUGUCUCCCACUUCCCCUGUGUCCACACCAGGUGUCAAUUCAACACGUCAUUUACUGAACAGACAAUAUUCAUGGGUGGAACAGCCCAAAAAAACACGCUCCUCUGUGGAGGCAGUUUCUCAAAGCCCCUUUGGUCCUGAUGAGUCCAAAAUUUCUGCUACUCAUAGAAAAUCAUUACCAGAAACACCAGCAGAAUGGAAGCAAAGAGUUUUCUAUGAGUCUGUUGGUGGCCCACAGGAGAUGGAGCCUGUAAUAGCUGUUACAUCCCCUACCAACAGCUUUUCUUCAGUGCCAAAAGAACCAAUAUAUGGGCCGCCUUUCCGUCCUGCACAGCCUCUGGUGACCAGCAGCAGGUACAGCAGGGGUAGUUCUCUGCCCAGAAAUUUCACACUUCACACAAACUGUCCACAAUUGCAUAGAGUCAGUUGGAAACUGUAAUUAAAUAUUUUGAGUGAUCAAAAUAAAUCACAAUAUAUAUCUCAUAUUAUAUGCAAUAUAAAAAGGGCCAUAUUGUUAUUGUUUGUUUUAUUUUCAUAUCUAUAAACAUAAACCUCACUUACCAAGUUUUUUUGUCUGUCCAUGCUGAUUUUUAAAAAGAAGGUUUAUGAAAUAAUUUACCCUUAACAUGAAAAACCUUUCAUUUUCCACCCCAGUUGCUUUCAAGAUCCAAGAGAGCAAAAAUAACCCAACAUUUUUAAACAAUGAAUGACAAAAACACCAGAUUUGAUUAAAAAAUAUCACUUUACAGAAACUGAGCAUUACAUUUAUAGAUAUUUUAAUGCUGAAUGCUGUGUACAUACUCAGUAAAAUUUGGACUGGAUGGGUGUGGAAUGAAACUCAAAAAAUAAGAAUAAAAAUAUUGUGAAAUAUUAUUACAACUUAAAAUAACAGUUUUUCUAUUUUAAUUCAAUUUUAAAUAUAAUUUAUUCCUGUGAUGCUAAGCUGAAUUUUGAAUGGCAGUGUAAGUGGCAUUAUUUUAAUAUCAUUUAAUAUUAUUAAAUAACCUAAAGAUGUUUAAAUGAUCUUGCAGCCCUCUUUACUGAGGCACCCUUGUUGAGAACUGCAUGGACUAGAUUAUUUGUGAGCACUUAUUAUAGUUUAUUUAUAUAGCAUUAUUAUAUUCAUACACAUUAUAGCUUUUACAAUAUGUAUGAGCAAAAAAAUCAAGGGAAGGCAAAUUUUUUGUUUUGUUUUUUCCAGGGGAGUGUUAGAUUAGAUUAGUUUUUUUUUUUUUUUGUAUAAGCUUGUACAAUUAAUAUUUUAAGUUGUGACAAAUGCAGUCAGUAUGUAACAAUGAUUAAUCUAAACUACUGAAGCAAUUUAGUUCACCCAUUUAAAAUAUGGCAGUUAAGAUCAAGCCUCCAGAACAACAUUUUUUUUUUUUAAUUAAUCAUCAAUGAUUUUAAAUCAUGUCAGAAGGGAUAGAAAUGUGAUGUUUAUUGUUCUUAAUCUUUAAUUAUGUCUUUAUCUCUGAUCGUAUGUGUGUUCAACUUAAAUGCUCAUAAUUAUGUUUCUGGGUGAUAUUGAGGCAUAUUAAAUGUGUUUAAUUGUCAACGUGCAGAUUUUUAUCAUGGAUAGACUCACAUCAUAGUCAUAGUUCAUAGUAAAUCCAUUACUGCUUGUAGAACUAAUGCUCAGUGUGUGAUUUAAAAUGCCAAAACAAAAUAUUUCAUUUUAUGUGUUGAAUUUUCUGUUUUUCUACUGUGUAAGUCAAUGUGUGAAUCAAUAACCUUUUUCCAAUACUAACUCUAGAAACAGCACAGAGUAUUAUUUCUACCUGAAUGAACAUCUGCAAUUCAUUUAAAUAUGCACAUUGUUUAAACUCUUUUGUUUUAGAAAGCCUGACAAUACUUUUGAAACCACAAACAAUUUGGAUUCUUAUCCUAACAUGUAUCAAGCAAAAAGAGUUUUAUUAAAGCACAAUGACCAAAAAUGCUGUUAAUGUUCUAUUUACCAAUGUUUACUACUAAACGUUUUGAUUCUAUCAGAUCUUUUUACAGACAAUAAAACUGCAAAAUAGA